GAGAGGACAGGUGAGCAGCCACUCAGAGGGAGCGUGAAUCCGAGGAGUGAACAACUCGGACAAAGACUUGGGUUCUGAAUAGAGACCCGCGCACUGUCUCUUUUCAGGAGGAAGCUCUUGGAGAGUUUGGUGACUCCUCUGCACUACAGACAAGCUGGACCGUGGAGCAGGAGCAGUGAAAAGCAGAAAACCUUUAUCAGAUCAUGGACUGUUAGGACCGUCAGGGCUGAAAAUGGGAUCAGGGUGGUGGUGGUCAUGUUUGUGCGUCUUGGGGAUCCUCGCUGCUCCAUGUCGGGGCGCCAGAAACUGUCUGGAAGGGAUUACAAUCAAUGUGAUCCUGCUGGAGGACAACAAGUCUCCCUGGAGUCUGAACUUUGUGGAAGGUGAAAUACUGAAGGCGAUAGAGACAAAUAACGGCAUUAAUACUCCAGGUGUGAACUUAAAUCUGACGGCUAACUUUCGAGCGCUCAACCUGACCUAUCAGCAACAUAAAACCUGCCAGAACACCAAUUGUGCUGGAGUGGAGCAGAUAAAGAGCAUGAUCAGUUCAAACGAGCUGGGAUGUGCCGUGCUCGGGCCAACCUGCACCUUCGCUACCUACACCAUAGUUAAUGCGGAGAGAGGUCUGAAGCUCAGUACACCCAUCAUCUCGGCUGGCAGCUUUGGCACCUCCUGCGACGACACCCUCAACUUGCAGCGCCUGCUGCCACCCGCACGCAAGGUCUCUGACUUCUUCAUCAAUUUCUGGAAAAACGAGAACAAGUUCAAACCUCAGUGGGAGUCUGCAUAUGUUUACAAGAGGGAGAGCAACACUGAGGAUUGCUUUUGGUAUAUAAAUGCACUGGACCAAGGCAGUUUUGCACAAACUAUUCAAGUAAUGGUGGUGCUGCGCACGCAAGAUGAACUGAAAGAAGUACUUAAAUCACCCAAAAACAGGACAAGCAACUUGUUCAUCAUGUGUGGAUCACCAGUGGACAUACUGGAGGUGAAAAGUGGGAUCAAUGGGGCGGACAACGGUGACAUCCUCUUCAUCCUCAUCGAUCUUUACAAUGACCAGUACUACACCAACACAUCGUCAGUGUCAUCCAUGAAGAACGUGUUGGUGCUCACGAUGCCCAACACCAGGAGCUACACUAUCAACACACACCCUGAGGGCAACAACACGAUGAAUGAUUACAUUGCUGCGUACCAUGACGCGGUGCUGCUGGUCGGCCAGGUGAUGAGAAACAUCAGUGCAAAGAAUCUGUCAGAGAUUGAGAACAUGGAGUACGUCAAUGCGAACUACUUCAGAAACAUCUCCUUUAAUGGUUUAGCUGGAAACUACAAGCUGGACGCUCACGGAGACAGAGAUGUGGUUUUCUCAGUCAUCUACACCACCACUGACAACAAGUUCAGAACUUUAUAUGAAUUUGACACCGAAAACAAUGAAAGCAGAGUGGUCGAGACAGAGCCUUUCUUCAUCUGGGGAAGUCGACUUCCUAACUACAAACCAGAAGGAGGCCCUACAUAUUACAAUGUCAUCGUCAUCGUGUUGGCCGUCACAGUGGUGGUGGUGGCCUCCAUCGCCUUCCUUUUCUACAGACAGAACAGGAGAGAUCGUCUGAUUAGGAAUCGCUGGUCGCACAUCCCCUCUGACUUCAUCACGCUUCUGGAGGAGAAUGAACUCAACGUCAUCUCUCUUAAGAUUGAAGACGAGAGGAAAAAAGCAGAUUUCAAGAUCCGCAGUGCGCUGUACGAUAAGAAGAUUGUGAUUCUAAAGGAGCUGAAGCACUCAGACGGGAACUUCAGCGAGACCCAGAUGAUAGAACUCAACGCGCUGCAGCAAAUCGACUAUUACAACCUCACUAAGUUUUAUGGCACGGUGAAGUUUGAUCAGGGUGUGUUCGGAGUGUUUGAGUAUGGAGAGAGGGGGUCACUCAGGUACGUGCUGAACGACAAGGUUUCGUACCCAGAGGAGACCUUCAUGGACUGGGAGUUCAAGAUCUCCGUCAUGUACGACAUCGCCAAGGGCAUGUCCUACCUCCAUGCCAGUGACAUCCAGGUGCACGGUCGCCUCAAGUCCACCAACUGUGUGAUGGACAAUCGCAUGGUGGUGAAAAUCACUGACUUUGGCUGCAACACCUUUCUCAGCCCCAUCAGAGACUUGUGGACUGCUCCGGAGCAUCUGAGGCAAGAGGGCACCUCUCAGAAAGGGGACGUCUACAGCUUUGCCAUCAUCGCUCACGAGAUCGUUCUCAGAAAGAGCACCUUUUACACCGAGAAAUGCUCUGACAGAGCAGAAAAGCUUUCCAGGGUCAUCACGUCCUACUUCAGACCUGAUCUUAACUUAGACACGGCCUCAGAGAAAGAAUCAGAGAUGUACAUGUUGAUAAAAAGCUGUUGGGAUGAGGAUCCAGAAAAAAGACCGGACUUUAAGAAGGUGGAGAACUUACUGGGGAAAAUAAUCAGUAAAAUCCAUAACCAGGACAAUGAGAGCUACAUGGAUAACAUGAUCAGGCGGCUGCAGAUGUAUUCCAGAAACCUGGAGCACCUGGUGGAGGAGAGAACGGUCCUCUACAAAGCUGAGAGGGACAGGGCCGACCACCUCAACUUCAUGCUGCUGCCUCGGCCUGUGGUGAAAAGCCUGAAGGAGACCGGUGCGGUGGAGCCAGAGCUGUACGAGGAGGUGACCAUAUAUUUCAGUGACAUAGUCGGUUUCACCACUCUGUGCCAGUACAGCACGCCCAUGGAAGUCGUGGACAUGCUCAAAGACAUCUACGAGGGCUUCGACAGCAUCGUCGACCACCACGACGUGUACAAGGUGGAGACGAUUGGCGAUGCCUACAUGGUGGCCUCUGGGCUUCCUAAUCGAAAUGGGAACAGGCACGCGGUGGACAUCUGUCGCAUGGCGCUGGACAUCUUGGCCUUCAUGGGUACCUUCCAGCUCAGACACCUGCCUGGUAUCCCUGUGUGGAUACGCAUCGGCGUGCACUCAGGUCCCUGUGCAGCAGGUGUUGUUGGGAUAAAGAUGCCCAGAUAUUGUUUAUUUGGAGACACAGUCAACACGGCAUCUCGUAUGGAGUCCACAGGGCACCCCCUGCGGAUCCACGUCAGUCAGCCUACUAUAGAAAUCCUACAGAGGACAGACUGCAAGUUUGAGUAUGAGAUGAGAGGAGAAACCUAUCUGAAGGGUAAAGGCACAGAGACAACCUACUGGUUGACAGGAGAGACGGGCGAAGACUACGACCUCCCAACUCCACCCACAGCAGAGAACUUCCAGCGGCUCCAGCAGGACCUCGCCCAGAUGAUACUGGCGUGUCUGGAGCGCCGCCGCCGGGGCUCCGUCCGCAGGAGGAAGCCGCUCUCGAGUCAGAGCAAGGAGGACGACGAGGACCGGGUGUCAGAGGUAGAGUCUGAGGGGGGCCCUCCGGAGUACCUGCAUCUGGCCACGGUGGAUAACACCCUCAGUACCUUCCUGUAGUGCACAAGUCCAGCCCUGUCACAGUCUGAAAUCAGAACUCCCAGCCUUGUUCUGUGCUCCUCGUGCUGCCUAUUGAAUCCCUGGUUAGAACAGCAAGGAUACAUGUGAAGAUAACAGGGAGCCGGGCAGGGACAUGAGCUGUUUUUUGUGAAACAGAUCCUAUUCAUUGAUCGAUGAAGAUGUCAUUUAUUUUCUGCUUGGUCUGAAACUGGGUCAUGUGGAGCUUAAAGGAUCCCGGUACAGUAUGUGGGACAAGAUACUGCCACUUUUCCAACUGCUUAAAAAUGUCUGUGGCAUUUUUGAAGGGAAAUGGUGAGCAUGUGUCUGUGGGAAAGCAAGACAAGAUGAAGGAAUGAAUUAGUGGCAUAAAAAUAGACGCAUUUAUCCAGCCUACGUGCAGCAACGUACGGGAAUUACUUAUGAGGCACUUCUCUUAUUACAUGAUUAAUCACAUGUGUGCUUUGAGCAGGAAUAACCAGAUCAGAUUUCACAUGCAUCUGCCAUCUGCAUAUUGUUCAUUCUUGAAAAAAUCGGGACAUUUUGCCAGUGUGUCAGUCUGCAAGAACACAUAAUUAAGAAUUUUUAAGUUACAUUUAUUGAUGCUAAAUCCCUAAAAUUCCCAUUUUUCCCAGCAGUUAUUAAGGGAAAAUUAACAAUGAAACAAUGAAACAACUGGAGCUGGGAGGUGGUGCAGGCAGUACAGAUGACUGUGAAGAGACUGCCACAAAACCAGGUUUCAAAUGUAAAUAACAGCUAUCUAUGAGGUCUGGACUCACCUGUGUCUGACAUCCAAGAUCUCUUAAUCUAACUGAUUAAAAUGAUCUUUGGAGCUCCCUUGAAGCUUAAAAGCAGGUUUUAGUUGCAAAUAAUUUGAUAAAGUGUUGAGUCUUAAGUUUGAGAGUAAAAGUACACAUUUCUAUCUAAGUCACGAUUGCGCUCAUAACAGUUUUAAAUAUAGCAAUGUUUUAUAUGUACAUUUUAUUCUACACUGCUUAGUUUCUAUGAAUUUAUAUUUUUUACCCAGAUUACACGUCUGCAGACAACUGCUUUUUGACCUCAGUUGCAUCUCUAAUGGACCACUAGCUGUACAGUUUAAUCACUGAGAUUAAGAGUGGACAAUUUAAAGGGUAACCUCACCAGUUUUACACAUUACAGGAUAUUUACAGAUCUUGAGGAUUACUGAUGCACAUGUCAAAAUGUAGUAUAAAGCCCUUUGUGACUCCAGAGGAGGCUGCGUGAAAUCUGAUAAAAUGCCUCUGAUGCAGCAGUUUUAGGGAAUGAUGCUGUUUUCCCCACUUUCCCAGUGUCGGAAACAAAUAAAUGCCUCAAGACAGACUGUUGUUAUUAUAUAUUUGGUGUGAUCUAAAGUUGUAUCAAACAACAACACAGGCUAUCUUAGCUCAACUAUUGAGUGUCUAUUGGAGGGGCUGAGUGUGCGUCUCUCUCCAUGUUUUGUCUGAGAGGAGGCCUGCCGUCUCUGAUUUGGAAACCCUCUGGUUUGGGAGUUGACUACUGAACAGGCCGUUGACUUAUAACUGACUUUGUUAUUUCUGUGAUGUAGAGUGAGCGCUAACAUGUGGGCUCAUCACGAUCAUGUCAUUCUUGUAGCAGUCAAGAAAACGAUUUUCAAAUCUGUAUUUUAAACCAAAGGACAAAGAUUUAUUUUUGUUGAGAAUGGUGACAUUCAUUUACAUAAAAUUAAAAAAAAAA